AUGUCGGACUCGGUUGACCGCGUCUUCGUACACGCUUUGGCGACAGUCCGCCGUUUGCCGCGCACAGGAUCGUCUCGGCCGCCGCCGUCGGCUCGCUUACGACUCUAUGGCUUAUACAAGCAGUCGAUGGAGGGAGAUGUCGAGUCCAUCCUUCCCCGACCAACUUUACCCACGGUCUCUCCCGAUCCCAACAGCUCCAAGUCGAAUAACGUCCAUCGGUAUGCCUCCCGAGACCUAAGGAUGCGCGAAGCCGAAGCAGAGAUUGAAAAAUGGGAUGCAUGGCAUAGCUGCGCUGGCAUGUCGCGAACAGAGGCCAAACGACGGUACAUCAGCACCUUGAUAGAAACCAUGAAAGAAUAUGCCAGUGGGACACAGGAAGCGCGCGAGUUGGUAGCGGAGCUGGAAUUCGUCUGGAACCAAAUAAAGAGCCAAAGCGGUAGCUCAGAGGACGAAGAUGUCGACUCCCCUACAAGACGACUCGAGCGAGCAGGCCUAGGACAAACCCAGAGCUUUGGCAGUAUACCGCCUGGCCAGAGUAGCAGAGGGAGUGAGGGGCUUACACGAUUGCAGUCUGCAUCUAAUCAGCUAAGAGUGCUAUCGCCCGUGUCUCAAAGGGCGAGUGAUGAUGUUGUCGAAGGCGAAGAGGUAGAUCCGGACAGCGGCGCGCUCGUUGGCCCUCUGCCCACAACGCAGACACCCGUAUCGGAGCCGGAAUGGAGGACUCGAAUGCAAGAGCUCUUGCGGCAUCUUUCAAAUGAGGUGGCUGCAUUACGCGAACAGUUGUCAGCAAAUCACCUGCUAUCGUCGUCAUCACUUUCACCCUCGUUAACCACUAGGCGGAGGAAGGUAUUUUAUCGAAUCUCGGCAUUCGCAAAAUGGCUGUCUUGGAUUAUUGUUCGACAAAUAAUGUUGGACGCUGGUCUGAUCCUGGCUUUUAUACUCUGGGCGAGGUGGAAGGGCUACAAAGAGCGGACUGUGGAAGACUGGGUCAAACGCAGAUGGAAUGACCUUCGACGAGGAUUGAGCGAUCUCGACACUUGGUUGAGAGGAACGCUGGUGGAGGUGCGAAUACCUGGCGUACCGAAGGUCUUCUGA